CCCUGAUUGUUGUAAAGAAAAGCUGAAGCGGAUAAAAGAAGAAGAUGAGUGUUACAGUUGAGCAGGAAGCUUAUGAAAUGCCAGCUGACAAUAAAAAAGUCAUGCUGAAAAUCGAAGAAGUACAUCUUCACUCGUGUGGCGUCUUCAGCAAUGUCUACAAAGGAAUACUCCGAGAGCCAUAUGAGAAGAAGAUCGCCAUCAAGAAAAGUUGGCCGGAAAAGGGAGAACGCAAUUUCGAGUUCAUCUUCUUGACGGGUCGCGAACGGGCUAAACACAAGAACGUGAUUCAUAUGAUUUUUGCGUUUAGCCACAGUUAUGACACAAAGGUUUGUGAAUCCUACGUCUUCGACUUUAUGCCAAACACCUUGGCCGAAGUGAUUCGCCAGAAGCUCACGGACCUCGACAUUCGCCUUUACACGUGGCAAAUAUUCUCCGGAUUGAAAUACCUGGAGGAACACAAGGUUGUCCAUCGAGACCUGAAGCCGGUGAACAUUCUGGUUGAUCAUGACACCGCAUUCCUGAAGAUCAGUGACUUCGGGUCAGCAAAGAUCAUCGUGAAGGGGAAGGCAAACAACUUCUAUCAGGUCACACGCUUCUACAGACCGCCCGAAUUGUUGAUGAAAGCAAUGGAAUACAAUUCCACAGUUGAUGUAUGGUCUGCCGGAUGUAUCAUGGCAGAGAUGGUGAAGCGUCAUGUGGUUUUCCCGGGAAGAGAUAGUGCUCAUCAGUUGAAACUCUACUGCCGCUGCUUUGGUGCCCCAAAUGAGCAAGACAUUAGUGCGAUGAAGGGAGAAAAAUUGGAGAAAGAGUAUUGGAAGUUUACGAAAGGAUUCGGACUUCAAAGACUUGUGAACGAUAUCUCACCUGAUCAGCUACAGUUCAUCAAGAGAAUCCUGGUGUAUGCUCCCGAGAAACGUCUUCGUGGCAAACAAUUGCUUCAGGACGACUUCUUCCGUCCGCUCUUCAAAGCUGGAGCAGUUCGUCACAACGGACAGAAGAUUUCUGACGUCAUAACUGCUGCUGAUUACAAGCGAGCUGCUGAAAACGAAGAAUCCUCCGCAUGCCGUCUCGCGCAAUUGGUCAAGACGGACAACAAGGAUCUUGGGAUUCCGUAUUGUGAGAAGAGCAACUCAUAUGAGAAUGUUUAUGCGAGAAGAUCAACUCUUAUCCCGAAAGAGCAGAAGAUGGCUCGUGACAACAAGUCGAAAGAGGACAGCUCUGACGAUCGACGUGUUGCACCUUCUAGUGGAGAGGCUCCUUCGGCUCCUGGCAAGCGUUCCGAGUCCAACAAGACCGCGGCAAUCGCCAAGAAAUCGACAAUGAAGUCGGUGAUGAACGCACCACCGCCCCGUCAGAAACCAGAAUAGUACUACUUGAUAUUUAGUGUAGAGUUUUUUAGGAAAUAAAGAAUAGCGAGAGUUGUGAACUGCAA